GAAAAACAUCCUUUAUCCAAUUGUAAUCAUUUGCCAUUUAAACAAUUAAAUUAGUAAAAAUAUCAUAUUUAUUAUAAAAAGUAUCAAAAUGCUCUUUUUUUAUUAUUUAUGGUUAAAUACUGAAAGGAAUAUGAUCAGAAUAUAUUUUUUGACUAUUAUUUUAUAAAUUUACUUUGUAUUAAUACGAUGCAUUUUCUAUAUUGGCGAAAUCGAUAAAAGUUAUUAAAUUUCUUUUAGAUAUUUCAUACAUUUAGCUAUAUAUAUUCAUUAUUUGAGGUGUAAAAGGUCUCAAAAUUUGAUUUUUAUCGAAAAUAAUUUACUAUAAUUAUUAUAUUGUCUCUAUUCUUGAUUAGAAAUAUUAAAAAUUUUCAUUUUCUUCUAUUAUUUUUAUAUCUAAAUGUCUUAAAGUACAUAUUAAUUCAUAAAGAAGAAAAUCGUAUAAAGAUAAGCUAUUAUCUUCACAUAAAAAAGAAAAUUUAUGAAUAUAAUUAUUUAUUGUUUUUAAUAUAGUUUCAUCAUAUUAUUUAAUUUUUAUAUCUUCUAUACUUUUUAUUAUCAAUUCGCUAAUUUAAGGUGUUUUAUUAUUUAAAAGAGGCUAGUUUGAGAAUAGAUUUUGGUAGUUUUUGAAUAAAUAUUCAACUAUUACCUUAUGAGAAGUU